GCGAUGCGGCGCUACCUGCGCAUCGUGGUGCUGUGCCUGGCCUGCGGCUUCUGCUCGCUCCUCUACGCCUUCAGCCAGCUCGCCGCGUCCCCGGAGGAAGGAGCGGGCGGCGGUGGCGGGAAGCCGCAGGCCGCGGCGGCUUCCUGGCUGGCGGGCGGCGGACGCGGCGGCGCGGGAGGGGUGGGCAGCGCGGGCCCCGCCGCGCAUCCCGGCCGGUCGGACAGGUGUAAAGAUUUCUCUCUGUGUUACUGGAAUCCCUAUUGGAUGCUGCCCUCUGAUGUUUGUGGAAUGAACUGCUUUUGGGAAGCGGCUUUUAGGUAUAGUCUGAAAGUGCAGCCCAUUCAGAGAAUGCACCUCGCUGUUGUUGCCUGUGGUGAAAGACUGGAAGAAACUAUAACCAUGUUGAAGUCGGCCAUCAUUUUCAGCAUCAGACCUCUUCAGUUCCAUAUUUUUGCUGAAGAUCAACUACAUGAUAGUUUUAAAGGCAUACUUGAUAGCUGGUCAUUUCUACAGACAUUUAAUUAUUCAUUAUACCCAAUAACUUUUCCAAGUGAGAAUGCAUUGGAGUGGAAAAAGCUCUUUAAACCGUGUGCUUCCCAGAGAUUAUUCUUGCCAUUAAUCCUGAAAGAAGUUGACUCAUUAUUGUAUGUCGACACUGAUAUCCUUUUUUUACGGCCUGUCGAUGAUAUUUGGUCUUUACUAAAGAAAUUUAAUUCCACACAAAUUGCUGCAAUGGCACCAGAACAUGAAGAGCCUCGAAUAGGAUGGUAUAAUCGUUUUGCAAGACAUCCAUAUUAUGGAAAAACUGGAGUAAACUCUGGAGUUAUGUUGAUGAACAUGACUAGAAUGAGAAGGAAGUAUUUCAAGAAUGACAUGACAACUGUACGGCUGCGAUGGGGAGAUAUGCUUAUGCCAUUGCUUAAAAAAUACAAACUAAACAUCACAUGGGGGGAUCAAGAUCUGUUGAAUAUCAUCUUUUUUCAUAAUCCAGAAAGCCUUUUCGUUUUUCCAUGUCAAUGGAAUUAUCGACCAGAUCAUUGUAUAUAUGGAAGCAAUUGCCAGGAAGCAGAAGAAGAAGGAAUCUUUAUUCUUCAUGGGAACAGAGGUGUUUACCAUGAUGAUAAGCAACCAGCAUUUAGAGCUAUUUAUGAAGCACUGAGAAAUUGUUCUUUUAAAGAUGACAACAUCCGUUCCUUAUUAAAACCUUUAGAACUGGAACUACAAAAGACAGUCCAUACUUACUGCGGAAAAAUUUACAAAAUAUUUAUCAAACAGCUAACAAAAAGCAUACAAGAUCGUUAUGAUAGACCACCAAAGGAAAGGUGAUCCUCGGUGACCAUUACAUCGAAUGAAUUAAAACAACAAAAUGUCAGAGGGCAUGUGUGAAGGAAUAGUCUUGGAUGAAGUGUUCAGGAAGGAAUUAUUUAUGUUCAGAAUAAUUGUUUUUCCUGAAGAAGUUAAAUGAGCAUAUAUUUAUGUAAUGAAGAAUAAGUUAACGUCUUGGACCCCAACAAGAAGACGUUUUUGAUCUCUGAUGUUUUGUAAUGUUAUUUGCUGUCAGUCCAGUAUUGGUGAAAAUAUUAUUGAAUGAUUUGUACCCUACAGACUUUGGUUCACUCUUCUGCAGUAAGUAGGAACAGUAGGGGUGUAUGGACAGAGAAAAUGUACCUCAUACACAGUGAAAACACUCAAACUGUGAGUAUAGCAAUAAUUUUAUGUCAGCACUAACCUCACUUUAAAUGUGUGACAAAAAGUUUACAGGAGCAGAACAGGUUCUGUUUCUAAAGCAAUGUGAUGUAACCGAUGUAACUAUUGACAAUCGAUGUGUGCCUUUAUACAUUUCAUCUCUGUUUUAAAAUAUUCCUGUGACAAUCAUGUUUAAAAUUAGAUUAUAAGUAAGCUGCACAUUUAAAAUUGAGCUGUAUAAGAAAGUGGGAAAACCAUAAAAAUGUUGAAGUUUUAGUCUGUGUGUGUUUGUGAAAUGUAGUAUUUUCGUUUGUAUAUGCUAACCUGUCUUGCCAAAACUCAGAUCUGAGAUUGUUAAACAGAUAUUUUUGGAAAUUUUCAUCACUGUAAGUGAAAAUUUUCAGCUUUACUGGGCAUUCUGGAAGCAAAAAAUAUGCUGAUCAUAAAGUGAGAACUUAACUAGAAUACUUAGAUGAUAGUGGAAAAUGUGAUGGACCAAAAGGCAUAAGCUAUAAACUUCCUGUGAACAGUAGUUUUAGUUACAAUGAAGCAGAAAAAAGUGGUCCAUUUAAACUUUUUUCUUCUACCUCAGAAUGGCUUUGCAAGAUACUUUUGAAGAAGCAAAAUGUAGAGAGCCUUACUUUAAGUCAGAUAACUUUCAUGGAUGAUUUGGGUUAAGAAGAUUGUUGUAUCUGGGUAUAGAAAAAGUAGUUUCGAUUGGGUUAAUGUGCAUAUCUUCCUUUUUUGAACAUCGCUUAAGACUUUUUUUUCAAUCUUGAAGAUAAGAAAAAUAUUACUUAGUGUUCUUGACUGCUCUCUAACUGUAGAUUCUGAGUACUUAGCAUGUACUGUGCUGUGGCAUAUAUAUCUCAUUUUACGAAGUGCUGUA